UAACCGGAAGUCGCUCCUGUAGGAAUACACUGGAGAAGGAUGCUUUUCUUUCGGUUUCAUUUUAGGGUGUGGGGAAAAGCUGUUGGAGUUCUGGUCGUGUUUAUUUCUGCGGUGCUUAUUUAACUUGGACACACCACAGACCAGGAGGUUGUUGAACAAUGACAAGAGCUUGGAUUUUCUGUUACACGGUUCUGACUGUGUUCGGUCUGAGUGAAGCCGCAACAAGGACUUACUACAUCGGAAUUCGCGAGGUGUUCUGGAAUUACGCUCCCAGUGAACUAAAUCUAAUCAGUGGCGUUCAUAUCAGCUAUCACAAUUGUUCAACCUCGAAUGGUUAUAUGUAUAAAAAAGCUGUGUAUGAACAGUACACAGAUACGACUUUCACCACUGAGAUCCCUAAACAGAAUUGGCUGGGAUUCCUUGGACCUGUGAUCCGUGCAGAAGUGGGCGAUGACAUUGUAGUGCAUAUGAAGAACUUUGCAUCUCUGCCUUAUUCAAUGCAUCCACAUGGAGUCCUCUACAAGAAGGACUCUGAAGGUGCGUGGUAUCCGGAUGGUGGGAAUAAGAAUGAUGAUGCUGUGCCUCCAGGACAAGUCUACACAUACACAUGGCAGGUGACAGAAGAGUCUGGUCCUACAGAGUCUGACUCCCCCUGUCUUACAUCGAUCUAUCACUCUCAUGUAAAUGCACCAAAAGACAUAGCAGCAGGACUCAUUGGAGUGCUGCUCAUCUGCAAGAAGGGAGCUCUGGACUCAUCUGGACGUCACCAGUCUGGCAUCUCUCAUGAGUUUUUCUUGAUGUUCAGUGCAGUGGAUGAAAAUCGUAGUUGGUAUCUUGAAGAAAAUAUUAAGAAGUUCUGCCCUGGACAUGAUGUCUUUAAACUGAAAAAUGAUGUCAAGCUUCAGAAUUCACGCCGGCUGCACUCAAUAAAUGGUUUUGUUUAUGGUAACUUGCCAACACUGGAAGUGUGUCUCAGACGCCCUGUGUCUUGGCAUCUUUUUGGUAUUGGUAAUGACAUAGAUCUUCAUUCCAUCCACUUCUAUGGCCAUACCCUGCUCAACCAAGGUCAUCGUACUGAUGUUCUCAGUGUAUUUCCUGCCACUACUGUCACUGCAACAAUGGUUCCCAUGACCACUGGGAAGUGGUUGUUUAGGUGCCAAGUUGAUGAUCACAUGCAUGCAGGUAUGGAGGGCUUUUAUGAGGUCUCUUCAUGUGGAAAUGAUGGUGCACCUACAGUGUCCCCUGAGGGGCAUGUCAGGCGUUUCUACAUCGCUGCAGAGGAGAUACUUUGGGACUACGCCCCCUCAGGGAAAAACGUACUGACCAAUAAACCACUAAAUGAAAAAGACAGUGACUCUAAAGAAUUCUUCAGUACAGAUGAUGGAAGGCUGGGAGGAAAGUACUGGAAGGUCAGAUACAUCGGGUACCACGAUGACACAUUUACUUCCAAGAUCGAGCAACAUGGUUCAGAACAUCACCUAGGCAUUCUGGGUCCUGUCAUUAGGGGAGAACCUGGUGAUGUCAUUCAGGUGACAUUUCGAAAUAAGGCGCAUCAUAACUUCAGUAUACAACCUCAAGGAGUGUCGUAUGACAAAGCUUACGAAGGAGUGAUAUAUCAGGAUGGUUCUCAGAAAGCAGGGGCCAGUGUGGCACCAGGUCAGACGUUUAUUUAUCGCUGGCGAGUGACAGAAGGCCCCUCGCCCAGUGACCCACCCUGCUUGUCAUACUUGUAUUACUCCGGUACAAAUCCCGUUAAUGACACCAACUCUGGUUUGGUGGGACCGUUACAGGUGUGCAGGAAAGGAGUUCUGGAUGAGAGUGGUCGACAGCAUAUAGGGCCAGAGGUGCAGAAAGAGUUCUUCCUUCUCUUCACUGUGAUGGAUGAGAAUAAAAGCUGGUAUCUGCAGAAGAAUACUGCUGAGUUUGGUAGUGAUAAGCCGAUCUCAGAUGAAGUAAAAUUUGAACAAUUUCAGGAGAGCAAUAAAAUGAGCUCGGUGAAUGGCUUCAUGUAUGGAAACCUUCCUCAGCUUGUGUUGUGUAACGGGGACCAUGUUGUGUGGCACUUGCUGGGGUUGGGCUCAGUGGAUCUGUUUGGCAUUUACUUCCAGGGCAACACGUUUCAGCUGGAUAAAACUACGCGUGACACACUCAGUCUCUUCCCUCACUCCAGUGUCACCGUCUCCAUGACACCUGACAAUGAUGGUGUUUUUGAGCUGAGGUUUCUUAAUACUUAUCACUACCGUGGUGGCAUGAGGCAGCUGUACUCCGUCAAACACUGCACACAGAACUCAGAGGUUACGACCUUUCAGCCUGACGUGUAUAUCUAUUUGGCUGCUGAAGAAGUGACGUGGAAUUACGCCCCAAACCGAACAUGGGAGGUGGAGAAAUUUAAUACUACUCUCAAUGAAAGCAAUGGAAACGUUUACCUCAAAAAAUCGGCUGAUCGGAUUGGGCCUGUAUACCAAAAGGUGGUGUACCGCAGGUACAAGGACGAGACAUUCACAGAACUGGAUGCCAGAGGUCCUGAUGAAGAGCAUUUAGGCAUUCUGGGUCCAAUUCUCAGAGUGCAAGUUGGUGAGAAGGUCCAGGUUGUGUUUAAGAACAAAGCCACUCAUGCCUAUUCAGUUCACGCUCAUGGAGUGAAGACCAAUAAGACUCAAGCUGUUAAUCCAGGUAACACAACAAGGUAUAACUGGACUAUAAGUUCAGGUCCUGGACCCACGGAGUCAAACUGCAUCACCUAUGCUUAUUACUCAUCAGUGAACUUUACAAAGGAUUUAGCGAGUGGCUUGGUCGGGCCAUUGGUGGUGUGUCGUAAGGGGACUCUGAAUGAAAGCAGACGGAGAAAGGAUGUGGAUAAAGAAUUUGCUCUACUCUUCAUGGUGUUUGAUGAGAACGAAUCGUGGUAUCUGCAGGAUAAUAUAAAAAAUUACCUGAACAGAGACCCUGAAAUUUUCGACAUGGAGGAUGAAGAAUUUAUGGAGAGUAACAUGAUGUAUGGUAUUAAUGGAAAACUGUAUGCAAACCUGCAUGGUUUGAAGAUGCAGCAGGGAGAUCGGACUGAGUGGUAUUUAAUGGCACUGGGGAGUGACCAAGAUAUGCACACAAUACACUUUCACGAUCAGAGCUUCAUAUACAGGACGGAUCACCCCCAUAGAGCUGAUGUGUAUGGCUUGUUCCCUGGAUCCUUUAAGACUGUUGAACUACGGGCAGGCGCUCCAGGAACGUGGCUCCUCCACUGUCAUGUGUCGGACCACAUCGACGCCGGCAUGGAGACGACCUUCACCAUCGAAGCUGCAAGUUCCAAAGCUUGGACAAAUGCCAUCGUGUUUCUGCAGUGGUUUUGCCGAACACUGCUAGCCAUCACACUUGCUUUCUGGCUCCAGUAAUUCAGCAGAGGUGAUGGAUGCUGGACUCCUAUUUUGGACAACCACCUGUGAAUUCCUAUUUAUUAAGCUUUAUUUAGUUUUUAAGUUGUAGCAUAACUGCUUGUUUAGCACUUUUUUAUUAAGCUUUUUUUUCUGUAUAGCUUAGACUAGUUAGACUAUAAGACAGUUGGUACUGUAUAAAUGUUAUUAGUGUUGUGUAAUAUGCACUGAGCGGAACAUGAUCAAUGUAAAUACAGGAAAAUUUCACACUUGACCCACCUCCAAAGAGUCCAACUUAGCCACAUGUGCCUUCAUCCCCCUGCUGGCAAAUUUCCAACUGGUCCAAAAAUAUAUUUAUAAUGGCUAAAUUUGCACUAUUGAUAUUUUUAUCUAUUCAAUUCAUGCAUUUUAUAUCCAUUUUAUGUCCAUUAUUAGGGACUUUAAGCAACAGCUGCGAAUGUGACGGCAUUAUGACUACUUCGUGAUGUUCUACUGUAACCUUCUACUACGGGAGAAUAGUUGUUUUGCCGUAGUCUUUACAACGUGACAGAUUAGGCAAGAAAAUAUUAUGUCUUAUGGUAUAUAACAUUGUAAUUGCAUCAGUAUAUGAUUGUACCAUUAGUCUUUUAUUUAAUCGGUGUUGUUAAGUUUGAAACUUAUUAAGCUUAUUUUAAUUUUCUGACACGAAAUACAUCGAGGCAUUCAUCUUCCUCCAUGUAAUCAAGAUUAAAGGCAAGGACUUUAAUCUUGACUAGGUUUUUAGACUUACUGGCAUGAUACAAGAGGAAAAACUCUUCUUAUGACAAUAGAGUAUUAUUUAAUGCCAAAGUAAUUAUUCUCUUGCUUAUUUAAAUGAUAUUUUUUUUGAUAUUUCAGUAAUUGACUGAAUGCUGUGUUGUGCCGUCUCGUUCUCGGUUACGGUGGUGUGACAGCUUACUUCCGGUCGCCGUAGCCGUUCCAUUCGCAGUUGCUGCUUAUAGUCUCUAUUGACUCUUCUGCCUCUAUGUUUUUUCCCCAUGGUGAAAGAGAGCAGUUUAAAAGUAACUGAAUAUUCAUCCAGUCCUCUUUACAUAUUAAACACAUCAGGAACUCCUACAGGGCUGCUUUGGGAGGUGGGAAGAAACUGGAAAAAUGGAGAAAACUAAAGUGAACACUGAAAGAACAAGCAAACCUCCAAUAAUCUAGAAUAUUUUUAAAAAAAUUUCAAAAGAUCUAUUUAACAUAUUAUAUAUGCUAUUGAUUAAUUGUUUGAUAGGGGCAGUGGUGGCUUGGCGGUUAAGGUUCUGGGUGACUGAUUGGAAGGUCGGCGGUUCAAGACCAGCAUUGCCAAGCUGCCACUGUUGGGCCCUUGAGCAAGGCCCUUAACCCUCUCUGCUCCAGGGGCGCCGUAUCACGGCUGACCCUGUGAACUGAUGCUAACAUGCUGGGAUUUGUGGGAAAAAAAAAAGAAUUUCACUGUACUGUAAUGUAUAUGUGACCAAUAAAGACUCAUUAAUGAGUUGCUUGAAAUGG